AUGAAAAUCCUUAUUUCUGGCGAAACUGGGACUGGUAAAGAGUUGGUCGCCCGUGCGCUUCACAAAAACAGCGGUAGAUCGGGAGAGAUGGUUUCUGUCAACUGUGCGGCGAUGCCGGAGAACUUAUUGGAGAGUGAGUUGUUUGGGCAUGAGAAAGGGGCAUUUACAAGUGCCGAGGCACGGCGUAUCGGUAAGUUUGAAAGGGCACACAAAGGAACACUCUUUCUUGAUGAAAUCGGCGAGAUGCCGCUUUCUAUGCAACCGAAGUUGUUACGUGCGAUUGAGGAUAACCAGAUUGAACGCAUUGGUGGCGAAAAGCCAAUUCUGGUGGAUGUCCGAAUUGUAGUCGCUACCAAUAGAGAUCUGGCAGAAGCCGUUAGGGAUGGGACGUUUCGUGAAGACCUCUAUUAUCGGUUGAAUGUUGUCCCUAUAUCGUUACCUCUGUUGUCAGAACGGCAGGGAGGAUAUUGA